AUGGCUAAGGUUUCCAAGGACGUUUCUUCUUCUAGAUCUAAGGCUAGAAAGGCUUACUUCAAUGCACCAUCUUCUGCUAGAAGAGUUAUGAUGUCUGCACCUCUCUCCAAGGAAUUAAGAGAACAAUAUGGUGUCAGAUCCAUGCCAGUCAGAAAGAACGACCAAGUUUUAAUUGUCAGAGGUUCUAAGAAGGGUCAAGAAGGUUCCAUCUCCUCCGUUUACAGAUUAAAGUUUGCAAUCCAACUUGAAAAGUUAACCAAGGAAAAGUCUAAUGGUGCUUCUGUUCCAUUAAACAUUCACCCAUCCAAGGUUGUCAUUACUAAGUUACACUUAGACAAGGACAGAAAGGCAUUAAUUGCAAGAAAGGGUGGUAAUGCUGAAUAA